CGUCUCUUGUUGAGUGGUGGAAACCGGAAGACAAAAACCCGGAAGUAGUUUAUACUUCCACACAUGCAGGCUGGAGUUAUACAUGUAGCUCACGUGCUUUAAGUUUUAUCUGUUCUCUUUUCUUCACGUUUUAACAGCUGACACUCGGUGAUGAAGUGAACAAAUGGCCGACAUCUUAAACCCGGAGAAUGAAGGAGAUCUUCAGUCUCAAAUUGAAGAGGUGGAGGCUCUGUCUUCCAUAUACGGUGAUGAAUGGUGUGUUAUUGAUGAAGCAUCCAGAAUAUUUUGCAUCAAAAUAUCCAACGACUUAGACGAGCCCAAACUGACAGCAUGUUUACAGAUAAUUCUCCCGCCCGAUUAUCCGAGCGCAGCCCCUCCCAUCUACCAGAUCAAUGCGGCGUGGUUGCGAGGCCCUGAGAGGGCCAAAUUGGCAAACAGCCUGGAAGACCUCUAUGUGGAGCACGUGGGGGAGAGCAUCCUCUACCUGUGGGUGGAGAAAAUUAGAGAAUUCCUGGUGGAGAAAUCCCAGAGCUCGGAAACAGUGAAUCAGCCAGAGAAGGUGAACAUGACGUCUGAGGAGGUUGACGAUGACGAUGACGAUGAAGACAUACCUGACUUCAGGACUCUGAAGCUGAACACAGAAAACGCACAUCUCUUCAUGGAUCCUACGAACGGUGAAGAGCUGCCUCCGAUUAAACACGGAAAUCCCAUCACAGACCGACGCAGCACCUUCCAGCCUCACCUGGCACCUGUGGUGACUCCCAGACAGGUGAAAAUGGUUCUGGAGAAGCUGUACGAGAACAAGAAGAUCGCCAGUGCCACUCAUAAUAUUUAUGCAUACAGGAUUUACUGCGAGGAUAAGCACAGCUUCCUGCAGGACUGCGAGGACGACGGGGAGACAGCUGCAGGCGGGAGGUUGCUUCACUUACUGCAGAUCCUGGACGUGCGUAACGUCAUGGUGGUGGUGUCUCGAUGGUAUGGAGGUAUUUUGUUGGGUCCUGACCGCUUCAAACACAUCAACAACUGUGCGAGGAACAUCCUGGUGGAGGAGGGAUACACUGCCUCCUCGGAUGCAGCUGCCAAGACCAAAAGGCCAAAAAGCAAGAAGACAAAAUGAAUUUCAAAAGAAGAAAAAGAGACAUUUGUGCAGGUUUUGCUUUUUAAUUAAGUGAAGAAGUUGUUUUCAGCUGAUUCGGAAACGUCUAAAGGGAGACAAGCGGUGAUUCAUGCAAUUAGAGAUAAAUUAUUCAAAAUAACUAAGGUACUAAAAUGUCUCCAAGGAAUUUUGAGUUGUUAUUUCAGCUGGUCGCUUUAACCUUAGAAUUUAUAUUGCACCAUUUUGACAAGGAAGCCUUGGAAUGAAAUGUUUACAGUACAACAUUUUUUCAUUAAAACAACCAAACUGGGGAUUUGUAUAGAAACUGA